UUGAGAUGACAGAUAACACGUCUAAGGGGUACAUUUCAUAUAAGUCACGCUGGCACUUAGAGGAAGUAUGGCACGACUUAAACAACUUCAUCGUAUAUUUGUUGUAGGAUCAUUAUUUGCAGUUACUUUAUAUCUUGUACACGUAACAGUCCAAAACAAUUUGUUUUACCGCGAUUCUCUCCAAUACGGGACACAGAAAGACAUAAACUCAGAUCUGAAAAGAGAUUCACAGAUUGAAGAGAGACAGACAAGCGUGGACCAGCGUCAUCCAGUUUUUUCUCGAUGGGAUGCUAUGGAACUCAGGGAUGUUUCCGUGUUUGGGAAACACAGGCAGAAGAAAGGUUUUCUUACCAUUGGCAUCCCGUCUGUCAAACGAGCAAAGGGAGCCGUGUAUCUGUUGCAGACGAUAACUUACAUAAUAAACAUGACGUCACCAAGUGAGAGGGAGAAAAUUGUAUUACUGGUGUUCCUGGCAAAUUUUGACACACAUUACAAUGAAAAUGUCUUGAAAAAUAUCAGCGCCAAAUUUGAUGGCUACAUCAAGAGUGGAUUUAUCCUAGUGAUGCAAGUUCCAGAAAAAAAUUACCCUCCGUUAGAAGAUUUGAAAAGAAAUUAUAAUGAUUCUCCAGAGAAAGUAAAAUGGCGAUCGAAACAGAAUGUUGAUUAUGCUUUUAUGUUUCUGUACGGAAGAAAUAUUUCAGAAUACUAUAUUCAGAUUGAAGACGAUGUGGUUUCAGCCCGUGGAUUCGCCAAAGACAUACGUGCUUUUAUCAUAGCAAAUAGCAAAAAGCCAUGGAUAUGUUUAGAAUUUUCUAUUCUUGGAUUUAUUGGGAAACUGUUCAAGUCCAAAGACCUGGAAAAACUUGCAAGGUACUUGAUUUUAUUUUAUGACGAGCAACCUUGUGAUUGGCUUAUUGAUCAUUUCCUUACUUCAAUGACUCAGAAAAAGCGUAUCUUCUACAAGCAGUCUUUAUUCCAGCAUCAGGGUGACUGGUCUUCUUCGGAAGAAAAGUCCCGGAAAGGACCUAAUACAUCGCGCGACAUUUACUUCAAAGAUAAAAAAGUAAAUACCAUUCAAGGAGCGUUAAAGGGAAAGUCGUGACUUGCAAUUACACUUCUGUAGCUAUACAUGUAAAUAUUAGGAGCAAAAUCGUCCUUCCAGAAUAUUUUUAAGUAAGCUUUUUUUUUACUUUUCAAGAUAAGAAGAUAGAAUUAAGGUUGUAUUUCAUGGUACGUGAAAGGGCACUAAAGUACGAGGGUUGAUUGAUAAGUAGUGAGACUCAUAUAGAAGGGGAACACAUUUUACAAGUAUUUUUCUUUAUUUUUCAACAUAGUCUCCUUGAGUAUUUAUACACUUUUGCCAGCGAGUUUUGAGAGCCUCUAUGCCACUUUUAUAGAAGCCCUUCUCUUGGCCGUUCAGAAACCCCUCCACUUCACGUAUGACGUCAUCAUCUGACACAAAGUGAGCACUUGAAAUGGCCUUUUUCAAUUUGGGAAAUAGAUAAUAGUCAGAGGGAGCAAGAUCAGGCGAAUAAGGUGGAUGUUCUAUCAGUUCAAAGCCACACUCGUUGAUUGCAGCCAUGACAAUGACAGACUUGUGAGCAGGGGCAUUGUCCUGGAGGAACAGUACACCUUUCCUGAGCUUUCCGCUGCCUCGUCGACAUAAACUAACCAAAUGACACCAAACUUUGGCUACACACCUUUAAAUAGUCAGGAAAUAGAAGGGCUGAAAAGGGAUAUCCCUGCUUAACCCCUUCCCCACGAGGCUCACUACUUAUCAAUCAACCCUCGUAAUUUUUUCAAGUAUGCAUAACUUUCUCUCAACGUGUUUGUGUACUGUCACAUUAACAUAUCUGUAUAAAGAUAGUAAAAGGACUAGUCAGCACGUUAAACAAUCAUCUUAAAAUCAAAUAGAUAUUAAAUGUUGAAAGAAUUAUUUGGAGACCAAAAAGUUUACUUCCAUGGCAGAACAGACACGGACAGAAGAUCACAGAACUAACUGGUUAUUAAGUGUGUCAGUAAAAAAAAUAAAAAGAAUCCCAGUUAGUCCCAGACCUGUAUAAGCGUUCGUGACUUUCGCAUUAUGUGUGGGACAAGAAAUUCGCUACGUGAUUUAUUCCAGAUCGAGCGUCAGCGAGGACUCAGUUAGGGGUACUCUUUGUACAACGCAAAUUGGAAACUGUAAUAGUGGCAGUGUUUGGCAGGGGCAGGCCUACGGCCACUACAAUAAUCUUGUCACCAGGCUCCGUAAAUUUUCUAGAUUAUUCGUCAUUUUUGUGAAAAUAGCCAUUUAUAUGCUUAAAAAGAAAAAUGUACAAAGAUUGGCGUAUGUUGAAAAAACUAUGAUGGGAUUCGAGCAAAAAUUCUCUUACUAUCUCACUAGAAUGGAAUAUCUUAUCAAUGUGUAUUUAAGCUACCCCUGAUUCAUAUUCGCAGCAGAUUACAACCCAGUGUGAACACAGCAAAAUGAGUAUUUUUGUCAACUUUCCAACAUUUUAACAGUAUUGACUUCAGUGCCGGUUGCUUGUGACCAAUUCGUGAUAACUUUCAACACAGAGAUGCAAAAUUCAACCUUGAGAUAACACAGUAUCAUAUAAGGCUAUUUUUUAGCACAUCUUUUUACUACGUUGUAAGUAAUAAAACAUUUUUAAUCCACAAUGUAUGAAUAAAUGAGUAGCACGUUUCUCAUUCACCAUAACUAAGACAUUGAAUACCUGCAUAAGCGUAUUAACCCUCGUUAAUUAUACAUCCUAAUUUACAAACCACGAUCAUCCACGUACGUCGUUGUAUAUAAUAGCGUACCAAGUGUGUCUUUGGCAAGGCCGACGUGGAUGUAUGGCAAGGUUAAUACUAUUACAGCGUUUGAUUGCUGUUGGAAUUUUAUUUGCAGUCUGUUCAUAUCUUGUAUUAGUCAAAACAUUUUACAGGGAUGUUCUGAAUAAUGGGGCGCAGAAGGCCUACUCCUCAGAUCUGAAUGGAGAUUUACAGAUAGAAAAGAAUCAGACAAGAAGGGGUCAAAGCCAACCUACGCAUUCUCAAUUGGAAAUUGUGGAACUCAGAAAUGUGUCUGUUUAUGGUAACCACCGACAAAAGAAAGGUUUUCUUACCAUUGGCAUCCCGUCUGUCAAACGACCAAUGGGAGCCGUGUAUCUGUUGCAGACGAUUACUUACAUAAUAAACAGGACGUCUCCAAGCGAACAAGAGAACAUUGUUUUAUUGGUAUUCCUGGCAAAUUUUGAUACAAAAUACAAUGAAAAUGUCUUGAAAAUUUUAAGCGCCAAAUUUGAUGACUACAUCAAAAGUGGAUUUAUUCUAGUGUUGCAAGUCCCGGAAAACAACUACCCCCCAUUAGAAAAUUUGAAAAGGAAUUAUAAUGAUUCGCCAGAGAAAGUAAAAUGGCGGUCAAAACAGAAUGUUGAUUAUGCUUUUAUGUUUCUGUACGGAAAAAAUAUUUCAGAAUACUAUAUUCAGAUUGAAGAUGAUGUGAUUCCCGCCCUUGGAUUCUUCAAAGACAUACGUGACUUUAUUUUAGCAAAUGAUAAGGAGCCAUGGGUAUGCUUAGAAUUUUCAGUUCUUGGAUUCAUAGGGAAAUUGUUUAAGUCCAAAGACUUGGAGAAACUUGCGAGGUUUUUGCUUUUAUUUUAUGACGAGCAGCCUUGUGAUUGGCUUAUUCUCCAUUUCCUAAUGUCAAUGACUCAGAAGGAACAUAUCUACCACAAGCAGUCAUUAUUCCAGCAUCUGGGUGAAUGGUCUUCUUCGGAAGAAAAGUCGAGGAAGGGACCUAAAAUAUUUCUUGACAUUUACUUCAAAGACGUUAAAAAUAAUCAGACAAUAAGUACAAAAGGAAAAGUGAAAAUUAAAAUCCCUCGUUGAAAUUCUCCUUAAGGUACGUGGUUCUAAAUUUGUCGUAGUGGGCAUGGCAUUAGUAUUUGAAUUUAUUGGGCUUUAACAUAGAAGGGAGCUUUCAACGUGGGGGAUCACAUGAGUUAAUUUUGUUAAUUUUGACUAGAAUCUUGCUGUCAUUAUCAUUAUGCCAAUAUUGCAGAAUUACGCUCAUAUUUUUUGUCGUGAUCUUGUGUUUACUCUCGAGUAAAUAUUCAUCUUUGCAUCAAAACAGUAGAAGAAUGAUGUUUAGUAAAUAACAGUUUUAACCCUCAUCCACCUUUCAGGGGCCUCGCAGGCCCGGACCCAUGUAUCUUUUGCUCUCUCUUCGUUCGCAUGAAGUUUUGAGCCUGUUCCUUUCAUGUAAUCCUCAAGCAACUUAUACUUCAUCAGUGGAUAAAUAAUUAGUUUUGAAAUAAUUUACACCAUAUGUAGAAAUUAACUUUUCCAAAAGUUAGUCCCAUUUCCUGGAAACCGGGCCUCUGAGGACCGUCCCUUGAUAAUUUUACUUCCACAUGGGAGCAUGUGUAUAUAAGAUAUGUGAUGCAUUUUGGGUUUUACAUUUGUGUGGAGCUUUGUUCAUACAAUGUCUAGAAAUGUAUAUAGAAUAAAAUAGAAAUCUGCCUGUGAAAGAUUCAAGACCUGGAAAAAUUAUUAUUUAUGACUAAGAUCUAAUAAACGGUAUAUUAGAUCUUAGUUUAUGAGUAAUCGGUCACCUUGGUCACCUUAUAUGCAGAUAUCAGUUUAAAUCUAUCAUUAUUACAUACCUGAUAGCUUGCGCUAGCUUUGCGAAACUUCCCAUUUUGAGAAAAAAAAAAGAUUUUUCCGCAUGUUCCAUACACAGUGUAUACUCACCCAGGUGGAGGUAAAGCGAGCAAGGGACCGGUGUAACAUGAAAAUCUGACUCCCCCCAUGAAUAUUUGACUCCCCCUCCACAAAACUCACAGGAUAAAGGCACAGGAUAUCGGUAUUUAAUUUCAAACACCCGUACUGAAUAUAACGCGUACGGAAAAACAUGUCAAUUCUUAUGAUGCAUUGGCCAACGAAACUGAACCUUUAUCUGCAAAUGCAUGGGUUCAAGCAGUGACCUAUUUCAUUCAAUACUUAAUCUGGGUUACACAAGGUCUUACGCUUUAAACUUAGACUAAUCAAUCAUUACAUUUACAAAGGUCUUAAAGGUACAUUCGAACUGAGCAUCGGUGGAGCGUGGAUUCCCAGUA